UUUUCAUUUUAGUGUCUAACCAACCUCUUGUUGUUACCAAAGGAAUGGAUAAUUGCACUUAACGAGACCGUCCAUCACUUCAGAUAGUAACCAUCUCUUCACGUAGCUGAGUGUCGCGUAACAGGCUUUGAGUAAAAGAAAAUAUUUUCUGAAAUGGAUUCCUCUGGGAUUUGAGUGGAAAACUUUGAACUGUGUUCCUUCCACGACGUUCAUCAUUCCCGCCAGGCCUUUCGAGCAGAGGCUUGCUUGGUAGCCGUUCAGCUUCUCUAAAACCGUAAUGGCGUCGCAAGAGCGCCAAUUUUGUUGUCAACAACGACAACAAAUUUGUUUUGUGACAAGAAUAAGGCUGUGGUCAAUUGAUGUGGCUCAUUUUUGGAAGCAAAGUGACGAUGCUGGUGGACGAUGAAGAGCCUCUUUUAAACGUUUGGUUGACAGAAAUAUUGAAUUUAUUGAGUUGAGCCAAGGAAAAAGCUAUGUCUUUGAAAAGUAAGAAAUUUGAAAGAGGAGUGAUUGCUUCCGGAUCAGCCGAAAACUUGUCAGCGAAAAGACCAAGCUCAGCUAAGAGUAGCAGGCCAAGUUCUGCAGAUGCAAGUAAAUAUUCAGCGAGAUCAAAUGCAAGUUUGGAUUCUGAUAUGAGUGACUUUCUAUCAGUAACUGGAACAAGCAAAGUUCCCAAGAAAUCUAGUCACCAUAAAAGAAGUGGCAGUGCAGGCAUUGUGAGGCCACAACACAAUGAGGUUCAUGUAUCUGGUAGCGACAGUGACAGCGCAAGGACUAGCAGUAGCUCAGGAGCAAGAAGGAAGAAUGUUAAUAAAAAGACCAUUCCCCCAGCAAGGUUUUCUGAGGAUCAUAUCCCACACAUCAUGUCUCAAGCUAAAGCUCGCACUAAACCUAAACUGGCCACAACAUUCCAGCGCCACAGCAAUGCUGCUAAAGCAAGCCCUAAUGCUCUACCAGACAGACCUUCAGCAAUGGUGCAGCAUAGUGUUCAACCUGAUGAAGUUGAUGAAUGGUGGCUGUCAGCUUCUGAUCCUGCACCAGUCCCUCCACUGUUCCUGCAGUCUCCUACAGAAUUGGACAAGAAACAUAACUGGUGGCCUGGUGCAAGCAAGACAAGCAAUCACAUAGAUGAAGAUUUUCUUCAAAAUGAUAUCAACAAUUUGCGUCCUGGCAAUAAUGGUUUUGAUCAGAAUAACCUUGAUUUUGACAUUUUUGAAGGCAAUGCAAGAAUCAAGGGGGACAAAUCAACAACAAAAAGAGAAGAUGUACCAAAAUUGUUUCUUGAUGAACUUUUAGAGGAUGAGGGUGAGAAAAAACGGCGGAAAGCUGCUGUGAACAUUCAACGUUGGUUCCGUGGAUGGAAAACCCGUAAGCAACUCAGAGGACAAAAUGCUGUAAAGCAACUCUUAAGUCAGAAGAAAACUGAGAAGGAGAAACAGAUGGUCAGUGACCAUGCAAAUGUACAGAUGGAGGAUCAGAAGGAAGAUGAAAAGAGGAAACGACGAGAAGAGAAAGCCAGAUUGGCAAGACAGGCUGCUAUAGAGGAACUACAAAAGAAGAGAGAGGAAAAACGGAAUGAGAAUCAAAGGAAGGCAGAGGAAGAACUGGUUUUUCUCCAAGCUAGUGGGAAAGUCAGCAAAAAGAAGUCAGCAAAUCUCAGUUCAGCAGUCAAAUCAAAACCCAAAGGGAAGAAGAGCACAGUGGUAGGUGCAUCCAAUAGUGCUCUGAAAAAUAACGAGCAAGGUAAUCCCAUUGAAAUAACAUCCAGACCUGGGACAGCCAGCAGUGUUGGAAGGAAAGUUGAUGAGUUAUUCCAGGAAUCUCGAGAAUCUCAAGUUAGCACAGCUGCUGCCACUUCAGAUGAGCUAGCAGCAGGACCCCUAUUCUCUGAUCGCACAGAUGACACAGAUAAGAUAAUAACCAGCUCUCAGGUUGGUGGUGAAAGCAAAACAACCUUUGAUGACCUCUUGGAGUCCCUCAAACAGCUGGAGGAGGAACCCACUGAUCUGCUUCCUGUAGAGCAGAACAGUGCACUUAAGUUUGGUGGCUGGGGACAAAACUUAGAAGAUGGUGAGGAAGACAAGGCUUACCUUUCUCAUGCUUCAUUGGGCCACUUCAACAAAGAUAAGCUUGAAAGUCAAGGACAGACAGGAAGUGCAUUGUCGGCUGAAAAACUACGGAGUAUCUUGACAUUUUUGGAUGAGGUGGAAAAAGCAGAAGAUGAUGCCAUCAGUGAGAUAAGCCAGGCACGAGACGGUGCUAUUUCUCGUGGACUACCGUCAUCAAGUACCUCAGCUUCUGUGGCAGUUGACAGGGAGAAGGAAGAAGCCGCGCUAGAAUCAGCCGCAGCAGCUGCUUCGGAUGUUACAACAGCUAUGAUGGCGGUAAAAAUAGAACUGGAGGAAAAGAAAAGGACUAAUGAUCUGCUGCAGAGAGCUUUGAACCAACAGCGUGAAUUCACCCUGAGGCAAGCGAAGGAGAUGGAAAAGGACGCUAAACAACGGCUGGCCAUACAACGUCAGGAGUAUGAAGCAGCCAUACAGAGACAUUUGUCCUUCAUAGACCAGCUGAUUGAUGACAAAAAGGUGUUAGGGGAAAGGUGUGAGGAAGUAGUGAACAAACUGAAAAGUACUGACAAGAAGUACGGAGAUAAAGUCAAGCAAAUGGAAGAAAAUCAUCAAGUUGAAUUGAAGAAACAAAAGGAAGUUAUACUGGCGGCAGAAAAAUUACGACGAGAAAAAUGGAUUAAUGAGAAAACUCAACAAAUCAAGGAAGUCACGGUCAAAGGACUGGAACCUGACAUUCAAAAACUGAUUGCCAAGCAUAAAGCGGAAGUGAAAAAGAUCAAGUCUACUCAUCAGGCGGAGCUGCUGGAGGCCGAUGAACGUGCAGGCAGAAGGUACAUUCAGCAAAUAGAAGAACUGAGGGAUCAGCUGGAAAGAGAGAAAGAAAAUGCCUGUGCUCGAGAGAGAGAACUCUCUCAACAAAGGUAUGAAAAGCAGCUGGAGCAAGAGGAACAAGCUUAUCAACAACAGAGGCGGCGACUGUACGCUGAAGUACAGGAGGAGAAGGAAAGAGUAGCACUACAGGGUCAGAAACAACGACAGGAACUGGACGAGGCGCGAGCUGCCUUGGAGGAAUCUCACAAAAAGUCAAUCCUAGAGAUGCAAACUUCACACCAAAGAGCUAUUGAUGAUCAAGAAAGAAAACACCAGUUGGAAAUGAAUGAGUUGAAAGAGAGACUUGAAAUUGAGAAGCAGGGCUGGAUUGAAAAUUACAUGAAGAAGCAGGAUGCCAUGUUAAUGACUAAAGAGCGGGAGCUGAAAGAAGCUGUUCGGGAAGGACGCGAUAGAGAAAUUGAAAUGGUGAUUUCAAGAUUGGAAGAAGAGACAUCGUUGGCAAGAGAAGAAUGUGAGCGAGCCGCGGAGAACAGAAUCAAGCGAGUGAGAGAUAAAUACGAAUCUGAACUGAAAGAACUAGAAGAAUCUGAACGGAAUAUGCAGGAAAAAUACAACAACAUGAAGGCUCGUUUAUCCGAAGUUGAAGGAGAAAAUGCGCGUUUGAAGAGCAUGUUGAAACAAAAAGAUGAAGAAGUGGAAGGAAUUGAUAAAGUGGCCAAACGGCUACAGGAAGAGAGAGGGAAGGUGGCCGACAUCAUUCGGCAGGAGUUCGCUGACAGGCUUGUAACCACUGACGAAGACAACAAGCGUUUGAAAACAGAAGUGAGCGAAAUGAAGGCCCGUCACAGAUUAGAAAUAGAACGAGUUACACGAGAGAAAGAGCAAGAAAUGGAGGAAGUACACAAGAGAGUAAGGCAGGCCAUAGCUAAAAAAGAAGAAACUAUGAAAACACUACGGGAACAACACCAGGCUGCCAUGAAACGAGCGGAACAUUUGGAAUUUUUACUCCAAGAACAAAGAAAGAAAUUGCUGUCUUGAGGCUAACCCUUAUCUCCCAAUAGUGCCAACGUUUUGCGACAUCGCCCGAUGUAUUACCGAGUUCUUCCGAAGACCGCGCGAUUAAAGUCGGUACGUGUCAACACAACCGAAUGUCAACCAAAGCUGGACACUUCUGCAUUGUUAAGUGCUCAAAUGGACGUUCAAAUCCCACAAUAAAGGGGAAUUCUAAUGGAUUAGGCCCCAUUGGUAGAGUAACCUUUGCCCAAGAAUCUAUUUGUACUGCUCAGACCCAAAUGAAGAUUUUCGAUAUCUCUGUCAAUAGAGGAACCAGCAUAUCUGUAUUUAUGAUGUUACGUGCAUUUUGAAUCGACAGUAAUAAAUUUUUUAACUGGU